GGGCGGUAGUGAAAUAUCACCGAGGCGCGCGCUUUAAAUCUCGCCGGUUGCGGUAGAGGGAUUCAGUGUGACGCAAGUGUUUGUAUGUAGCGAAUAUGGUGAGGACUAAGGCGGACAGCGCGGGCUCUUCAGCUUCUACGGGGAGCUACAGGAAGGCUGUUGCUGCCAGAGCACCAAGGAAAACAUUUGGGAGUAGUUCCAGUCCUUCCAAUCAUGUCACUUCACCAACUGGUAAAAAAUCUGAAAGUAAAUAUGCAGGUGGAAAUCCUGUAUGUGUCAGACCAAUUCCUACCUGGCAAAAAGGUAUAGGAGCAUUCUUUGGAUCCCCAUCUACAAGUCAGCCCGAGAAAGAAAAUAGAAUUCCGUCUGAUGAUGAGGAAGCUGGUGGCAGUGGUGCAGGAAAAGGAAAAGCACCCAGAAAGUCCCGUCCUUUGCCGCCAGAUCCAUCGGAGGAGGAAGCUGCUGAAUUGGAUGAUGAGUGAGACUAUAAUCUGUAUUUCCAAACAGGACUUCCAUUUUGUGUUGUAUAUUUGUAAAUAAAGUUUAUAGUCUUGAUUUUGUA